AUGCAACACGGCGUCAAAAGGUUACACCUAUCUGAACAGGCACGUAAGCUGAAGCUAGAAAAAGAUCGCGUGAAAGUGGCUCAUUAUAGGGCCCUCACGAAGAAAGUCUUGGAUAAAAAAAAACAAGAAAUCUACACCGAAGAAUCUCUUCUCGAAACAACUAAACUCCUCGAGCUAAACCCUGAGUUUAAUGCCGUUUGGAAUUUUCGGAGAAACAUAUUCGCUCGCUUGUUCGAGACGGGUGAUGUCGACAGGGUAGAGGCCCUUAACUCUGACUUGUGCAUGUCGAUGGAAAUGAUGAAAAGAUACCCCAAAUGCUACUGGAUUUGGAACCAUCGCCGCUGGUGUCUCGAGACCUUGAACAUAACUCAAAGUGCUGAUUGGGCACGUGAAUUGGCGAUUGCACUGAAGGUUUUAGCCAUGGAUAGCAGAAACUUUCAUGGCUGGCAUUAUAGGCGUUACGUUGUGAGCCACAUUGAAUCCGAAGCAAGAACGAACUCCAUGGAUCCAAACAAACCGGAAAUAGAAAUCGAUCUCCGCGAGUUCAACUACACAACUGAGACCAUCAACAAAAGCACUUCGAACUUUAGUGCGUGGCACAAUCGCAUGAACUUGAUCAUCAAAAUCUUCCGACAUCUACGGAAAACUGAAGAUGUCUGUCAGAUUUUGGACUCGGCCGCCGAAAAUGGAUCUGCCAUGCUCUUCAAAUCUUCGCAAAUCUUAUUACAACACGAACUAGAUUUGGUGAAAACAGGCAUGUUCAUGGAUGCUGAUGACACUUCGGUAUGGCUCUACAUGCAGUGGCUUCUUACUGAAGAUGUACUCAUUGAGGAGCUUUCGGAUGAAUUUUAUAAGGAGCUUCUCGAGCUGCAACUAGAAUGUGUCAAAGAAUUAAAUGCUCUCGAAAAGGAAGACAGCCCUACUGGCUCCGAAAACGUUUGGUGUCUCAAAACAAUGAUUUUUCUUGGAGCACUUCUCAACCGUGGAGUAGAAGAGCAAAAGUCUAUGGCGGGGAUAGAUGACGAAACGCUGCGCUUGUUGCACCUAUUGAUCGAGCUAGACCCUUUGAGGAAAGGCCAUUAUAUUGAUCAACUACUGAGGAAAGCAUCGAUUUUAUACUGA